AUGGCCGUGUAUUAUGUCUACCUCAAGUACGCUCGCAGCGCCGACUAUCUGCGUGCCAACUAUGGCCGCUGGUUGCUUACCUUCGAGAGUCGACAUUCAGCCGAUGAAUUCUAUCGAGCCAUGAAAGUUGUGAAGAACUCGGUGAACAAUCUCCGCUAUGUCACCUUCCACCGUUCUACACCUCAAUUGUGGUGUUAUGAUACCACAGAUGGCGAGCCUUGGUGGACUAUCAAGCUUAUCUUAGAGGGUGAUGCAACCUGGAAUUACAGCGUUAUGGCCACUCUUCUGAGCGAUACCAAUGGCACUCGAGACUGGCCAGUUAUCAACAACAUCGUUGAGGGCUCUGAUUGGUUCAAUGGCGGUUCAUUCUUCAUCCGCAAUAAGCUCAUCCCGGAUUUAUACUGGCACUCUGACGGAUCCGCUAUCAUCGCAACCAAGGAGCGUCGCACGAAGUUCGUGGUCCGUGGAACGGCGUUCAAGAAGGACGACGACGAACAAGUCUUGAUCAGAUCUGACAAGAUUACCAUUGAAGUCGCUGAAAGCACUUCCACCGACAAGAUCCUGUUCGUUGGACAUGAUCAUGAUAAUGCCAUUCUCGUCAUCACCGCUGACAAGUAUGAGUGGACGUUCAAGGACUUCUUCGAGUCGUUCGGCGUGAAAUGGUAUACUGAAUCCGGUAAGGAUACGGAAAAGCAGUAUCUGAUCUACUCUCCUGCCAUCUCGGACGAGUGGGAAUUGGUGUGA